UUUACAACUGUGUCGGUAGACAUUGAAUAGCGUGAAACCACAAACGUAAACACCCACACGGACAUUUGUUGUACCCUUACUGGGCAUGCGUCACUUUAGGCCAAAUCAUAUUUGUUGUAUGUUUAUUUAUGUUUGGUCGCGUUGUGACAAAGCCUGCACCACGAACAACAGGGGGGACGACGACCAAGUUGAGGCACGAAAAAGUAGCUCUUUUGCAAGUUGCCACACGAGCUAACCAUACCAGGAAGUUAAAGAACAAAACUAAAAAAGUGAAGUAAAGUGAAUGCAAAUGUGUUUCCGUUUGGCUCGAGCCAACAUAAAAAGAAAUGGCAAAUGAGUGAGCAAAGUGAUCAGCGAGUCUAUAGGGUGUACUUCUCGCCGAACCGUGCUUUGUUUCUCUUGGAGUCUGCCUUCCCCUUCGUAAGCAGUUUCUAUUUUUCGACCCAAACUGGAACUUGCUCGGAAACUGGGAAGAAUACUGGGCGCAAGUUGCGACAGUUUAUCAGUCGAGCCAUGCAGUUGUCAGAUCUACAGAACGUCUUCGGUGGUUACAGGGCUUCAAUGCGAUUAAAUUAAAAUAUUUACCAUCUUUUUAAAGUUUUAGUCGACUCAGAUUUUGUUGAAAGCCGUUAACUUUGCUUCGCUUUAGUAGAUUUUUAUUUCCUUCUUUCUCGGUUGGAUACCUUUUUCUUCUACUUCUAACAAUUCAAGAUCUGAUGUAAAUAUUUACAUAUUUGAACGGUAAAAGCACUAGAGACUGGAUUAUUCUUAAAUCAUAAUUUUUCAAUCAGCCCUUACGACGUUUUAAUUCUGCUUUAGCAAGGCAGAUUUUUUUUUUGGUAUCCGAGAGAAUGAAAUGCAACACAAGAAAAGAAGCGACGAGAAAGACAGAUACUCAACCAACCUAAUCGCGUGACGCAAAUUCGUUUAGCCGCCAAGGAAAUUUCUUUGGACGUCGAAAGAAGAUAACUGCAAAACCUAAAUUUAAAUCUGUUAAGAACGUCUGGGACGAGUGCAAAACGUUUUGCUUCGUUGAUUUUUGAGGAAUUGGAUUAAUUAAUAUCCAAAAUGCAGAGUGGAGAUAAGGCCCUCGAAAUGGAACAGGUACCUGCUGCUGUUCAGAUGGAGCGUCAUGCACCUCUCCGAGAGGAACCGCCGAAAGACUACUUCAAACUGGCUGUGGUGUCCGUAUUCUUUUGUCCAUUGAUUGGUGCCCUGGCGGUUUACAUGUCACAUUUGACUAAUUCGCGAUACGAAGAAGACGACAUAAAAAGAGCAAAUGAUGCUUCUAAAGAUGCGCGGUUCUCAGCAUUUUUUGCCAUUUUCCUCGGAGUUGGCAUCAUCUUCUUUUUCAUUUUCAUUGCAGCUAUCGUGCCAGAAUUCGCUUAGAAAUUUUGGUGAAUUUCAUUUGGAUGCUUUUCGAGGUCUUUUCGAAUUGUAAAGUUGAGAAAAAUAUGUAGUUCUAAUUCGAACUUGCACUCAUUUGGGAAAGCAUAGAAAGUACGUAUGUUUCUGUUCAUAAACCUUAUAAUGUAUUCGUUUUACUAAAGUGAUAUCCGAUUAAUCAGAGACAAAUGGACUUCAGUACAAAAUGCAUGAUGAAGUAUGAUUAUAUUAGAUUUCUUCCCAUUAGUUAUCAGCCUCGAAAGACCAUAUAUAUUUUUACUUAUUAAUUAACAUGUGUUAUCGUAUCCGAGGACGUUUAGGCAAUCUAGUUUUUUUAGCCAUCAACUUCUCCUCAAGCCCAAGUUUAAUUAUCGUGGAGAAGCACGAAAACUUUGCACCAAUUGUAAUUGACGGGUUGGCUAUUUUUUUGUGCUUUGCGGAAACAGUUUUUCUGCCGCUCUAUAAAACUGUAAUUUUUCCUGGAAAACAUGUCUAACAGAGAAGAAAAUGCAAUAUCUUCAGUUUCAAUUACUGGUUGAGUUAUACCGAAGGAUCUCUCCCAUCUUCAAGAGCCCGGAAAUCGUGUUCAUGGAUAUUUCCAGUAAGACCAAUUACGAAGAUCAUGUUGUGACACACGAUUCGCCUUCUCAGUUCUUCACAUGCAAUUAAAAUUUCUGUAUACUAUUUAUGAAGUAUACGCAAGCUCAUUCCAAUUUACAUUUAUCGUGUAAAUGUCGCUUCUUUCCAUCCUCUGGAAUUUAAAGUUGUCCACAUUACGGGUUGGGAUUCUGAAGGGCUAAAUUCUAAAAGUCGAAGGACUGUUCCCCUCAUGUUACACCGAUUAUUUUUUUUAUUAAAAUAUAGCACUGUAUUGUUAUUGUAAUAAAUCAGAAUCAGGCUUUGCCUCCUAAA